AUGCCAUCACAAAAGUUGUCGACACCGAAUUUCCUGAUGACACAAUGGGAUCCAUUUAUAGGAAGAAGAAGGUCCCAGAUAGGUGUAAGACAUUGUUGUCCAAUGUCAGCCACUAAUUUGGUUAAAAUCCCUGAAGAUGACUCUUCUGCUACAGUUACAAAAUCUGUGAAGUCGGUGCCUUCAAUAAAAAUUCCAUCAACUUGUAAAGUGGCCGCGCUUCAGACUCUAUCUCAAAUAACUGGUAUAGAUUCUAUGAAGAAGCAGCUAAUAGCUAAUCCUAUAUUUGAAACAAAUGAGUUUCCUCAAAACGGUGUAUAA